AUGAAGAUGAAGAUGAUGAAAUGAUUAUCAAUAAUCAUCCUGAUAUGAUUGAUGAUCAUUAUGAUGAAGAUGAUAACAAAACACAGACGGCUGAUCAUUCAAUCGAUGAACAUGAUGAUGAAGAUAAAGAACCAAUGGAUAUGAUGGUAGAUGAUUCGAUUGCCAAUAGUAGCGGUGCUGAUGAUGAUCAAUCUUCAACAAUGACUAUUGGUGUGUCAAAUACAUCAAUGAAUAUUGGCGAUUCAGCCACGAAUGUAACGCCAUCAUCAGUAUCAUCAUUAGCAUCACAACAACCAAUGUUCAACAAUUCAGUGACACCCACAUCGACAGCAGCCAAUACGAUUAUUCCACCUAUACCACAAGUUAUCACACAUGUUGGCAGAAAACCAUUGAAUGGUCCACCAUGUAGCCUAAAAACAUUGGUCGAUGAUGGCAUUCUGGAACCAAUGGAUGGAUCAUUGACAUAUGAAAUUCUGGGAGCAAAAUUUUUCGGUGAUCUAUUAGCUAAUGGUUUUAUUCGAAUGUCUGGUACAAAUCAAGUAUUUGCUAAUCCUAGUUCUUGGGCCAAUUAUUGUCGAUCAACUAUACCAUCAACAAGUAAAGAUCAUAAAAAUUAUGGUAGCGCAUGGUCAAUUAUUCGAUAUCUUGGCAAACGGCUUGAUUCAUAUAAAUUACGUUGGUAUCGAAAACAAAAGAAACAAUUCGUUGGUGGAACAACAAAUGGUCAAAAUUCUACAUCAACAAUCGGACCCAUCACUGUAGCCACAACUACAGUGGUAGGUGGUGGCACUCCUGUAAAUCAUAAUCAUAAUAACAGUAUUCAAAUUGCUGUCAGUAAUGCUGGCAUGAACACAACACCCACUACCUGUAAAACAAUAAAUCGUAAUCAAUCAAAUGUAGGUGUUGUCAAUACUACAACAGGAAUCAUAACGCCUGUCGGUAAUACAACGUCAACAGUUUCUAUUGAUGGAAAUUCUUCGGCCACAUUGAUACCGUUUUCAAAUGGCAAAUUCAAUCAUCUUAAUAGUAAUGGCAAUUUCACUCCGAUUACCCAGCAUUCAUUUGCACCGAAUCAUUUUUCAACACCCAUACAAUAUCCUCGUGGUAGUGUGGAAUAUAAAAAUAUAUACUCAAUGAUUAAUCGAGAUCGACUUUAUAAGCUCGACAAAAUUAGUGCUGGUGAUCCGGAAAUUUCUGGAUUGGAAAAUAUUUCCAAUGAAAAUGUUAUCAAUUUCAAUUCAAUCGAUUUAAAUAACAAAGAUGUCAAUCUGGAUGAUCGAACUAAAGUUGCCUGUGUACCAUUCAAUUCAGUGUUUUGUUUACAGCCAUUUUUAGUUACCAUUUCAACCAAUGUAUUGUUGUUGAUUGAUUUUCAUUCACAUUUGAUUUCAACCGAAGUAACAGGAUAUUUAGCUGGUUUAUGGGAUCCACGUGCACAACAUUUAACCAUUACACAAGCAUUUCCUCUACGAUGUAAAGCAUCAAAAGAAUUUGAAUCUUGUACAUUGAAAAUUAAACAGAAUCUAGUACAAAAAGGCUUAAUAUUGGUCGGUUGGUAUCAUAGCCAUCCACGUACAGUACCUCAUCCUUCCAUUGCCGAUAUAAAAAGACAACUCAAAUAUCAGAAACAAAUGUUAAUGACCAAAAAAGAUGUACGCGAUUAUUCACCAUGUGUUGGUCUAAUUUGUUCACCAUUCUAUCAGAAUACUGAAGCUACUGAAGCAACCACCAAAUUAACUACAUUAUUUCAAAUGUUCUGGGUAAUGCCAAUAUUCACCAUGGGUAAUCGUAAUAUUGGUCGGCCAAUGCAGAUUUCAUACCAGAUUGCUCGCGAUGCCUUUCUCACACAAGAUUUACUCGUCGAAAUGUGUUUGAAAUUCUGUUUUCCUUAAUUCAAUAGCGAAUUUUAGCCGCUCAUUUUGCUGUACAUCAAA